CCGCCCCCGCCGCGCUCCGCCCCAGCCGGGCGGCCUGCAGGCGCCGGAGGGCGCCGGCCCCGUCUGCCGGGGCGUGUGUAAAAGUGGAGGGGCCGAUCCAGGGGGGCGGAGAGGGGCCGGGGGUGCCCUACCGGUAAGCAGAGAGGUGACAGUCGUUUCCAUUAACCCUUUGGCGUUUACCCCACGAUCGACGGCUUCCUCACAGGCAAACACGGCUUUUGGGCCUGUACUGGUCAGUGAAGGUUGAAAAGAUGGGAAAUGCAGAAAGCAAUGCCUAUCGGAAUCACCUUUCCAGAUUUCUUCCUGAGGAGCAGUCUGACAUUGAUGGAGUAUUUGAUACCUUAUCAGGAUCAAGUGGCUCAGCUGGAGCAAGAAAUGGCAAAGCUACAAAGAAAACUGUGACUCUGGCAGCACUACAGGCGUAUGUGCGGGAGUCAUUACCAGAGCAAAUGACUGUUCGGUUAUACAACGGAAUGAGAAGUAUUGACCUGACUGGGAAAUCAUCUGGGCCGAGUGAACAGAUUGCUAAGGAGCAGUUUCUAAUUUUUAUGUCAAACCUCUUAAAAGGGAAUGCAGAUGAGAAGAUUACCAUAAUAAUGAGAAUGAUCUCCAAGACAGAAGAGCCUGUGAAGGGCAAACAAAUCCAAGAGUUCACAGAGGAUCUGAUCAUGUCUGUAAUCCAUGUACUGAGCUACAGGAAGGAACUGAAAGGUUGGAAUUUGGAGAACACCAGGGAUUCUGCAAGUGGAGUAAAGGCUCUGGCUUCUCAGCUGCUGUCAGAAUUGAAGCUUGCAGAUGGGACGAAACCUGAGGGUCCUCAGCUGAUGGAGACAAAUUUUGAUCAAAGUGUCAUUGAGGACUGGGUGUACCGAGUUCCACAGAUUUCAGUUUUCCUCAGUGUUGUUAUCAGGCAAGGCCUCCAUGUUCUGCAUUCUCUCCCAGACCAAACCAAAGACAUAGUCAACCUGGUUCCAGUCUGCAAAGGCAUCAAAGGAAGAGGACUUGUCAGUCUCUUCGACAUCCCAUCCAUCAUAUACAUCAACUCCCAUCUGCCUGCAGAGCUACAGCACAAGUGGCAGCUUUUAUUUUCUUCUAGGCUUCACGGAGAAAGCUUUUCACAGUUAUGUGGGCAUAUAGUGAACAAAGGUCCUUGCAUAGUGAUCUUAAAGGACUUAGAUGGUUAUAUUUUUGGUGGGUUUGCAUCUCAGUCCUGGGAGGUGAAGCCACAGUUUCAAGGUGACAACAGAUGCUUUCUGUUUUCUGUUCUCCCCUCUCUCGCUGUAUACACGUACACGGGGUAUAAUGACCACUACAUGUAUUUGAACCAUGGCCAACAAACGAUGCCAAAUGGACUUGGUAUGGGUGGACAACAUGGUUACUUUGGACUCUGGAUAGACAGUGACUACGGGAAGGGACACAGUAAAGCAAAACCUCGCUGCACCACCUACAACAGUCCCCAGCUGGCAGCUACAGAGGAUUUUUCACUGGAUGCCAUGGAAGUUUGGGCAGUGGGAGACCUCCCUGAAAACGCAGGGACAAAAGGUAAGAAGAGUAUCCUGGAUGUAGAUCCUGAGGCUCAGGCCUUAUUAGAAAUGACUGGAAAAAGUCGUCAGAGCGAAGGUCUGCGAGAACCCGUUGAAGAGGAUGAAGAUGAUGAUAACUAAAAAAAUCACAGUAACAUGAAAAACCUUGUCUUUUUCCCCCCUUACAUUUACCUAAUCACCUGGACGAAGCUUAAGCCUCAUUCUUAUGCAAUAUUUAGGUCCAAUACACUAUUCUGCUUGAAGGGUUUUGUUUGGGGAGGACAGAAAAAUUAACUGAGUAUUUAGUCAUUAGAUAUCUCUAAGUUCUAGCUGAAUAUGAAUUUGCUAGCAUUCCUGGUAGAUCCUGUUUGCAUACAGAAUUGAAAACAAAAGACAAAGUUAUUGACAGUAUGGCUCACUGACUUGGGGAACUGAUAUGUAUUUGUGUAAAGACUGUUCAAGACAGUGAUUAAGGCUCUUAUACCUCAGCUGCACAUAUUUAUUUGCAUGCAAUGAAAUUAGUCAGCGAAACUGAAAUGUAGACUAGUCCAUGUGAUAUAAAGGCUGCUAAUAAUUUGCAUUGCUCCAGUUAAAGCAUUAGAUUUCAUGUUUUCUAAGUCAGAUUUUCAGCAAGUGACUCUAUAUGGGCUGUACGAUGUCUGGAAUGCUCCGUAUACACCAUCCAAUUUUAGAAUACUACACUACACCUUAGUGCUUAAGAUGUUUCUGUAGAAAUUUGCCUCUUGCUUUUUAAACUUAGUAGAAAGAACAGCUGGAGUCAUUCAGCCAUAUUUAUCCUAAGAACGGGCCAUACCUCAGCAGAAAUUCUCUAGGGAAGGUGCCUUCUCUAGUAGCCUCACUUGAGACUGGAGUAAAAGAUCAGGCUGUAAAAAGGAUUAAGAAAGAAGUAUCCACAGUUAAUUGGGAGUAGUAUCUGCAGAUACCUUGUUAAAAAAAAAAAAAAAAAAUCAGGGUUAUGUCUGUAACAUGUUUAAAGAAGACUUCUGUACACUUUAUUUCCGUGUAAUUAAUCAUUAGCGUAUUAUGGAAGAAAAAUGCCCACAAUGUGUAAUGUGGUCAGUUGGGGUUUUUGCUCUGUUUUGUUGGCUGUUCACCAGUCAGCGCCGGUGUUGUCAGGUCUCUCAUACUCAGGGCUUUUCUACUUGAAAAUGUUCACAUCUGUCAGUAAUUACGAGUCUGACCUUGCUAAUUCUGUGUAAUUAACUUGUCAAAAAUAACCAUAAUUUCUGUCAGGCCCUGUCAUUUCUAACUCAGCAAAUUGUGUUUGGUUAUUAAGUACGUGUGAUCGUCAGCCUUUCUCCUCCUAAGGAGAGGGACUGUAUCAAGCCCCCUUUGUCCUAGCAUGAGUUGGUCUUCUGUGCAGCUUAGACCAAAAACUGUGCUGUAACAGUUACUAUCAUGUGGCCUUCCUUCAAAUUCUUUCCCUUAGUAUCAUCUUAUAUGUGGUCUUUUUUUUCCACCCCAGGUUUUUCAUAGGGAGCCAGAUUUGAAUAUUUUGAAUAAUCUGCACUCGUGCCUUAAUGUAGAACCCAUUUUUAAAAACUUCUAUUAAGCGGUAUGAAUUUAGCCUUGAAAGGAGAGCAUGAAGAAAUCUCUCCAACCAGACGUCCUAGACCUCAACUGUGCAUUUUGUAUACAACCUGAACUAACGAUUGGGGCAUAGAUGCUAUCUGGUGCAGUACAGAGCAUGCUGUGAAAGGCUUGAGCUAGUGUCCUCUUAUCUUGUAUUUGCUUCAAUAAACCAGAUAGUCUCCCAAGUUUGUAACACAGAAAAAAAUUUAAGCGUUAGAACAAUUACAUCGAUACUUUUGUAUAAUUUUCUUCUCUGUAUAUUUUAAUAAGAGUUUUAAAUGGUACAAAGUAGGGAGUGCUAUAUAGACAGCACGAAGUCCAUGAAGCUCGCUGUAAGCGUGGUGAUGGUGGCUUUUGUUGUAACAUUCUCCCACCAUGAGUCUCAGAAGUAUUCUUCACUUAGGCGCUCACUAAGCAUGCUAAAUACCUGAAGGGGAUGGCAUACAGGAAUGAGACAGCAUUGAAUUUCUGCAGUUACACAUAAAAUAAGUAACUAGGCUUUCUUUUCCUUCCAUUACAAGGCAGAGACUUUUCUUUGAGGACUGAAACCAGUUGGAAGGAUUUUUAAAAUAACAGUGAGCAGACACCUUUGCAGACUCUGUCUGGGGAGGGUGAAUUGCACAAAACUACUCUUCAAAAAUAGUUCAGUGCCCAAGUUUUUAUUGAUUUAAAGUAAACGUCAGUAUAGAGGUUUUCUAGGCUAUGAUGCCAAUACGUAAUCCUGUUUAAACAUCCUCUUAUGAAGAUAGCAUAGCGUUUUAACCGCUGAAAUUUUGUUUUAUGACAAGUUUGUAUUUGAGACUCUCCAUCUCCACUUUGAAGUGAAGGUGUUAAGCUGGGGCAAGAAGAAAACUGACACUAUGGCACUUUUACCAAAUGUAUCAGUGCAACGUUAUUUACUAGGCAAUUACUGAUCCAACCAGCAGGUGGGAUUAUUCAGAAUUGUUCUUUAAAUGUAAAAGAUUGGCUUGGAAGAGACUCAAUUUUUUUUUUUUUUUUUCUGACCCUAAUCCGUGCUUCGUAUUCAUGCAUCAAAAAAUGCCCAGGAAGCCUUUGUCAGCAGCGGGCUUAGCUAUGACCUAACCAUCUCUCAAUCACUUUUGUGCAGCUGUUGAUCCAAGUGCAAAGCUUGACAUCGCUGCUACGUAUGCGAGUCAUCGCUGUUCUCAUGCGCUUGUGCAAGGGAGUCCCUUCCCCAUUAACUCCAUCCACUACUGUGCGUUGGGUCAGAUCAGCCUGCCGCUUUGCUCCUAUUAGUCACUGCAGCGUGCGGCAGAAGCUGACAGCUGAGGGUUGGCACUUCAGCUCCCUGCUCUUUGUUUGACACCUCCCCACAGCUUCCUUGAGAAUCUUGCUGAAUCACGGCUAGAUACCUGGGAAUGUAGAAACACUACGGAUUGGCGACAGGAGACGUGCUAGUGAAGGCAGGUCUUUACCAGUCUUCUAAUUUAAUAUGAAAGGAUGGGUCUAAAUCAAGAGUCUUGUGCAGAUACUUAUCUGUAACAUUUUAAAAUGUAGAUUUUAUUAAUAAAAAUCAUUUUGAUUUAAAUAAA